AUGUCGCUGAAGGACAACGAAGAAUUUAAAUUUGCUUUGAGAGACAUCGUUAAUAAUUCUUUCAAGUUAGAGGACCAAUUCGAUAGAGUACGAUGCACCGAGUGGGUGCACAAGUUGUCAAUGCUGCCCGACGACAGUCUGGAAAAUCUUAAAAUUCGCAACGAUUAUAUUCAGUAUUUGCGCAUAAUGGUCCGAGCUGGCAUCUUGCACGGGAUAUUUUCAGAAAGCCCGCCAGCUGUAUUGUCUCCCUUUCCAGAAGCAAUAGGAAAACACAUGACAGCUCAAAUACCUUCUUUGCCGCCUAUGGGCCCGAUUAACGUUUACAUGAAACACUGGUCCCCAGACGGAAGAGCGUAUGUGGCAAUAAAACCUAUACCGGGUAAAGGUGUUUUGACAUAUCUGUCUGUCACUCCGCAGCCAGAUGGUUCACGAAACUGA